UGUUUGUCCUUCCGCCCUGACGGUCAGUGACAGUCCCAGCAGCAGACCGAAGGAGACCUCACAGACGAAGCAACAAAGGAGCAAACAUGAAAGACAACAGUUUGCCUCGAAUCGUAGUUAUUAUCGUGUGCACGGUGGUUUUUGUCGCUGUUUUAAUCGUUAACGCUUUGGCUGGAGCGGGCAGAGGUCCUUUCCAUUCCACCACAGGUAAUGUGUCGGGCCGCUAUGAGACAGGCAUCACUCCAGCUGGCUGGACCUUCUCUAUCUGGGGUGUUAUCUAUACCUGGCUAACCCUGAUGGUCAUAUACCUCACAACAUACGUAUUCCGAGGAUCCUGGGCUCAGUGUCUGCUGCCCUACAGCUUCUAUUUUUGCUGGCUGUCCAACAUGCUGAUGAACAUGAUAUGGCUGCUGCUGUGGGAUAAAGAGUUGAUGCUAGCAGCUCUGGUUGUAUUAAUCCUGAUAGUGAUUACCAACUACAGUGCUUUGUUCCUUUGUUGCUAUGCAACAGAUUACUAUGGGCUGUGGUUAAAGACAUACCAUCGCAAAGACCUGGCCUGUCUCAGAGUACUGGUCCAGAAUGGUUUGGCUCUCUACACCACAUGGACUUCUAUCGCUUCCUUGAUCAACUUUUCACUGGUUCUCCACAUGUGGGGAGUGGACAGGAGCACAGCAGCAACAGCUUCUCUGUGCAUCCUGUUUGCAGAGGUGAUGGGAUGGUUCAUCCUUGAGAACUGGGUGCUGGACCGUUGGGUGCGUUACAUCCUGACAGUGUACCCUGUGGUGAUCGUGGCUCUGGUUGGAAACAUCUUAAGACAUUUUAACCCAGAUGAUCCCACUCCAAAUUCUGUCUUCAUGGUUGUACUGCUGGUGGUAGCAUGUGUCUUGCUGGUUUCCCGAAUCUGUACCGUCAUCUGGAGAAACUACUGGCGACCUCUCCUCUCCCCGGGCUCAGCACGGCUGAUGGUGUCCCCCCUUGAUGGCAGAAAAUUCAGGGUCUUUUCUUAAUCAUUGAGAACUUGUCUCAUUGCAGCCUUUAAACUCUUAGGCCACUCUUAUUUGCAUUUUAAUACAACCCACUGUAAUGUUAAAAAGUAAAUCUGACGGUUUUAAAAGCGGGACGGUGUUUAUCUAGUCAUGGACUCGCAAAGACAAUAUGGAUAAGAAAGGUGUCUUGAUCAAUGGAAUGUUGAAAUUAGCUUUUAAAAGAAUGAAAAUAUUGAGUGAGUCUGUGGAUGGCAAACCUCUUCUUUCCUCUUAAACUGCAGUAAUGGCAAUGCAACAAUGCUUUCACUUCCGAAAUACUAAUAAACUACUACGACUGUUUACCACUAUUUCCCAUUAUACUGUCUAUAUGUAAAGUAAAUUUGAUACAAAUGCAUGCAUGCAUGUAAUUUAUUAAGUUUUACAUCGUUAUUUUCGUAUCCAUGCAGUAACAAUAGACCAUACUGUCCAUAUUUGGCUUUUAUACAAUACCAUUUGAUUAGAAUAGUAAUGGGCUUUGUUGAAUUCAUUGUGGUCUGCCAAUUAAAGCAUUUUUUCACAUCUCA